UACUCCAAAGCCCGUUGUCCCUGGUGAGUGCUGCACGAACAUAGCUGUUUUUCGCUCGACUGAGGACUGACGCUGAUUCUUCUUUGCCACAGCACCUCCUGUUGAGCCCGCAACUCCCGAUGGAGCGGCUGUCGUCUCGCUCAAGAGAGAUUUCGCCGCGAUGAAGGCUGUGCCUAUCGGAUGCUACGAAUUCAUGACACCAAUCAGGGACACUGUGCUUGCCUCAGGCAAUGACAUGUCCGAAUUCAUGGCAUGGUCCAAGGACAUUGCCACAAUCGACAGCAAGAAUCGAGAAAUCGAGAGCCAGAACAAGCAGUUCAGCUUGGAUGCCUAUAAGACUGUACUUGAGUGCAUCAAGGGUGUCGAGGACAAGACCACCGCUUUUGGAAUCCUGGACAGAGCUGAAGCCUUCAUUUACGGCUCAAAGCGAACCAAGCUCAGCGACCCCGAGGACACCCAGCCAAGCCCUUCCACUCGCCCCACCACUCCCACUCCUCCAUCCGCGGCCGUUGGGGUCGAGGAGCUUCCCGAUGAGCAGCCAGCCGAGCAUUUGUCCUUCCAGAAGCUCGACAUCGAAGGUCUCAAGGCCGCUUUUGCUACUCCUGUCGACAACACCCCCGGUAACUUCAAAACCAUUCCUGAGUUGAUUGCGGGUGUUGAUGAGUUUCGGGCGUUUUUCGAUGGUAUCACUCCCCAGCAUAGAAUGCUCUACUCGAUGGACCGCUUGACCGAUAUGGUGAUUGAUUGGUUUGAUGGUAUAGUUGAAGAUUAUGGUCUCCAUGAUAACUUUCUUAGCAACUGGCGGGUGAUCGAGUGUAAAUCUUCGAAAAUUUUCCCCACCUCCUAUUAUGCGCCUUUGCAUCCUUUCAUUCUCGUGCUGGUUGGUUUGUAUGUUUUCAAGAGAGGGACGAUUUUGACUUGGACCGAAAUGCGUGGGGCCUUCUCCACUCGUGUUGCAUUUUGAGUAUUUAUGAAAUACAAAUGUGGAGCGCUCGUUGGCGACUCUGUGAUUUGAUACGUUGCAGGGCUGUGGUAGUUUUGUCUGGGGCACCCAUCGGCGACUCGUUCCUCUGUGGCGAGGCUGUGGUAGUUUUGUCUGGGGCACCCAUCGGCGACUCUUUCCUCUGUGGCGAGGCUGUGGUAGUUUUGUCUGGGGCACCCAUCGGCGACUC